AUGCUUCUCCAAUACCUCGGCACGACAGCCGCUCUCGUCACUGCCUGUGCAGCAGCACCUUACCCGAAAGAAGACAAUCCAGCUCCCACAGUCGCAAGGUUGACUCCGGUUCCGGAACGUGCAUCGAUCGACUUUGCCUUUGGUAACUCAACGGAAGCCAUCAAGACAGGAGCACCGUAUGGUGGAAGCUUCUAUGAGGCUGUGUUUGAGCAUUACGUACAAGAUAGCGUGGCACAAGGGCCAUGGUCACAUAUCGGUCUCAAACUGGGCAAGACUGUCAAAAACAAAGCUCAACGAUGCAUUGCAUACAACGAGGACGACGAACCAAUUUCUGUGGAAGUGAAAGGCAAGACCGAAACUAUGGUCCCAGAUGGCAUCUGGAAGAUGUCCAAGCCGUCGUUAAUCAUGCGCUAUGCGUGUGACAAAGAUUAUGGAAGUAAACCCGAUUCCAAGUUCAAUCUGACGGCCACGGCCACAGUGACCUUCUCCGAUGAUAAGGGAACAAAGAAGAUGCAGAGGAAGUUCGAAGAUUAUCCCGCCAACGACCCCUUCACCAUGCCGCUUCGUGGUGCCAAGACAGUCGGCCCAUGGACGCAGGUCGAAGUAAAGGUUUCCGAAGCCCAGAAGGAGAAAUGGAUAUGUAUAGCAUUGGACAAGGACGGCAAGACGAUCGAGGUAACCAAGGGAGCAGACACUGAGCAGGUGUUUUGGGACGACGGGAAAGGGCCUUGGAAAUUCAAGAAGGAGACCGAAGUGCAUAGGCUCAAUUGCUCUCCUGAUGACUUUGUGCCUCAACCCGAUCCUCAAUCGUUUUACAGCGAGACGGCCAUGUGGGACGAGGAGCUUUACUGUCCCGAGUCUCGAUAUGUCGCCAGCGCAAAGUUCCUAGCUGCGCCUAUGAACAAACGAGGUCGCACUCGGUUUCCAUAUCUUCCAGCACACGCCCAACUCGUUCUCCUCGACAGGUCGAUAAAACUGUCGGUGCGAAAAGGGUCACUAGCAGCGCAAAAAGACCCCUACAAAGUCCUUGGGGUGGACAAGAACGCCUCAGCAUCCGAUAUCAAAAAGGCAUACUACGGCCUGGCGAAAAAGUUCCAUCCAGAUACGAACAAGGAUCCGACAGCAAAAGAGAAAUUCGGCGAGGUCCAGUCGGCCUAUGAGAUUCUUUCCGAUGCGACGAAACGACAACAGUAUGACCAGUUUGGGGCUGCAGGCUUCAAUCCAAACCAAGGUGGCGGAGACCCCUUUGGUGGUGGGAACCCUUUUGGCGGCGGCCAUCCUUUCUCUGGGUUUGGUGGACAGGGUGGCUUUGGGUCACACAUAAACAUGGAAGACCUGUUUAGUGCUUUUACCGGCCAGAAGGGUCCAUUCGGUGGUGGUGGCCGCGGUGGCCGCGGCGGACGGAAUCCUUUUGGGCCCCAGACUGUUGUGGGAGACAAUAUUGAGGUCCAGGCGUCCAUAUCGUUCGCGGAGGCGGCCAAGGGAACAAGCAAAACCGUAACCAUUAACCCAUUGGUCUCAUGCAAGACAUGCAAAGGAAGUGGACUCAAAGCCGGAGCACAGCGGACCACUUGCAAAACCUGCCAGGGUACUGGCGCUCGGGUACACACCAUUAACGGCGGUUUCCAGAUUAGCUCGACGUGCACCACGUGCUCCGGUACGGGCUCGGUCACGCCGCGCGGUUCUGACUGUGGGACGUGCCGCGGCGACGGUGUGACGAGAGAGCGCACCACCAUCAAGGUCGACAUACCCGGCGGCGUGGAGGAUGGCAUGAGGCUUCGCGUAGAUGGGGAGGGCGAUGCGCCUGCCACUGGAGGGGCGGAUCCGGAGUCCGUCCGUUCGGUGCGCGGCGACUUGUUUCUUCUGGUCCGUGUCCAGGCGGAUCCGAAAUACAAGCGGGCCGGCUCUGACAUUGUAUACACUGCUACGAUCCCACUUACCACGGCUAUUUUGGGUGGUGAAGUCAAAAUUCCGACUCUCGACGGCGAUGUGAACGUCAAGGUCGCCACGGGAACAAACACUGGCGACACUAUCACUCUGAGCGGCAUGGGCAUGAAGAAACUAGGCUCUCGCUACGCAGGCAAGGGCGACUUGCGGGUCGAGUUCAAGGUUGCAAUGCCCAAGUACCUCUCAGCCAACCAGAGGACUAUCGUCGAGAUGCUGGCCGAAGAUAUGGGUGACAAGACAGCCAAGCGCAUCAUGAACUUCAAAAUGCCUGGUUCCGAAACAUCCGGCUCGACCACCGACGCGGACUCUCAUCAGAACGAAGGAUUUUUGAAGUCAAUAUGGCACAACCUUACCAACCACCCAGCCCACCGCAAAUCCGAAAGCUCGUCAGAAGCGGCUUCAGGAGAGAGUAGCAAGUCUUCGGGAAAAGAUGAACCCAAAAAGGGAUCGGGAUCCGGAUCAAGUUAAGCACACCGUUGGGAUGAGCUACUGAAUGAAAAAAAAAAGGAACCAGCAGCCGGUUUUUUUGCAGGUCAACAAUAUGUAAUAUUAGUGCGACUCCCCAAAGUCGCUCUGUACAACAACUGAUAGAGGGGCCCAGAUGAGGUGUUUACGCUACUGACAGCUGGACACAUGCGGCUCCUCGUGCUCUUGUGUAUACUAGAAAGAAAGAUGCUACCAACCACUUUGUACUCAUAUUACAUAGAUAUACCACUAUUUACUGACAGUGUCGUUGAUUACA